GGUAAACAUUUAGUGUGUGUGUGUAUGCAUUGCACAUACUCUCUCUCUCUCUCUCUCUCUCUCUUCAUCUCUUCUGUGCUCUGUAAAUUCCAACAACAAAUUUUCAUCAUUGUUUAACAAUUUCCCAUCACCCUACACGCAAUUUCUCUUUCAUUUCAUAUACAUACAUUCUUCUCUUCUUCCACAAAUAUUUCCCAAUUUCUACUAAAAUUUUACCCCAAUUUUGAUUCACACUCUCUGCUUAUUGCUUAUUAUGGCUUUGCUGAAAUUCGGUGUUAUAUGAGGAAUUCAAAGCUGGUGUUGUUUUUAUCCAGUUGAUCAAUUUUCCCAUUUGGAUUCUUUAAGAUUCUUGCUUAAUGUAAUGGAUUAGAUAGGAUAGGAGAAGUGGAUAAACAUUGAGAUAAAGAUAGAUUAUAAAGAUUUACACUUGUUGGGAAUCAAGAGGGAUGAUGGAAACCGAGCUAUAUUCUUCUCGAGUUUUUUCCCCUUUUCGCGAAGAAAGUGGGGAUGAAGAGCUUUCUGUUCUUCCUAGGCAUACAAAAGUAAUCGUGACGGGAAACAAUCGAACAAAAUCGGUUUUGGUGGGCCUUCAAGGUGUUGUCAAGAAGGCUGUUGGACUUGGUGGCUGGCACUGGCUGGUUCUGAAGAAUGGAGUUGAAGUGAAGCUGCAAAGGAAUGCUUUGAGUGUUCUUGAACCACCAACUGGUCAUGAAGAAGACGAUGAAUACGAAUUUGAUAUUUCAAGCAGUGGCUCGGAUGUUAACGAGUUUCCCACCCCUAAUGAGUUCAGCAAACUAAACAAGCCAAAAGUUCGAUACGCAAGACCGUGGGGCCUAUCUCCAUCGAUGAUGAAGUCUGGUAGCCGUAAUGCUUGCAGAGAAACUCAAUCCAACAUGCACAUGUGUUAUCCUAAAGUGAACUUCUCAAAGCUAGGAACCAACACGUUAUGGCGAUAUUACAGUACAUUUAACCUCGGAAAUAUUCACUCUAAUCCGACAAAGGAACAACUGGUUAAUGCAGUCCGCAAGCAUUUUGCUUCCCAGAAAGUAAGCGAAAUGGAAGCCAUAAUGGAGUUCAUCAAUGCAGCCAAGAGGCGAAAAUCUGGAAGAAACCAUAGAGACCGAAGUUGAUCCUGGUCAUCCUAGUUGUGUGUGCGUGUUGUUUGUGUACAUACUCUUAUUAUCCUAACCGAUUAGCGCAACUCUUAAUUGUAGACGGAUUAACCGAGAUAGAAAAGCUUGUUUCUUGGCUUUAAAUUACCUCACCUUCAUCUUUAACCCUGUAAUAUCCAGCCAGGUUCUAGUUUCGUUUAUAUCUAAUAGUUUCUUGUUACAUA